AAAUAGUACUAUAUACAUCAUAACAACAGUAGCAGUGAUGAAUAAAUAAAUGUCCAUUGGGGUGGAGGCAGAGUAAAGACUGUUGGGGGGGGGUCCAAGUGACCAAGUGAACCAAGUGAAAUAAGAACAAUAAAAGUAAUAAUAUACAUAUUAACAACUGCAACAGUGAUGAAUGUCGUUGGGGUGGUCGGCUGCACGUAUCAACUUCUGAAGCACCUUGCAGUCCGCGGCAGUGGAGUUGCCAGUAUGCUCUCGAUGGUGCUCCUGUAGAACACUGUGAGGGCCCUCGGGGACAGGCGGAAUUUCAGCUCUGGAGAACACAGGUGCUAGACUCUUUCCAGUUCCCACACAGCCAUGAGUGCCAUGAAUCUGGCAAGCAAGACUACACAGGUGUGGUCAAUGGGAAGACAAAUCCAAUGAGGAGCCCAGAACAAUGAAGAGAUCCUGAGAAGCAGCUACAGUUAACAGAGUGGAGUGUGCUGGCCUAUUGUGUGGUUUGAUAAUUGUCUGUGGUAGGCCUACUGGGUAGGGAGCAGGGGAGGUCUCUGGCUCAUUGGUAAACUGCUGGGAGACGUUGAGUGUCCCCUUGAAGGGGCCACCAAUCUUGUUUUGCCAAAUCACAUCUGAAACAAGGCUAACAUUGUAGACAAUUAAUGUAUUAUGUAUAAUUUUAAUUGUUGAGCUGUACCAUGUGUAUCCUGUUCAUAUGACAAAUAAACUUGACUUGACUCCAUACACACAUACAGUCUAAAAUGCAGGGCUAUUCAAUUAACCUUGUGUUACUGGUGUCCCAGUCCAGAUCUGAAUCAGUCCCAUUAGAGGGAAACAAUGAAAAACAGUACUGCCCUGUGGCCCUCCACUGCUGUAUUUGAGUGGGAAAUCUCAAAUUGUAUAAUAUCUUUGCCUGCAACCCGGUAGAAGCUGCACUGCACUUCCUGUGUGUUACUGGUUUGUGAUCCUUCUUAAAGUGAUAGCACAGGGAGACAAAUUCCCAAUGAAUACAAUUCCUGAUAGCAAAUAAAGACAAUCAGCAGAUGUUUAGAGGGGGUGUACGUUUCGAGCAAAGGAGGAAAUAAAUUGUAGCAAACAGCAAUAACUAGGUUUCUGAUAAAUUAAAAUGUUGUGUCCCUUUAAGAGCCUAAAGUUCCAACCGUAAAUCUCGUUGGAUCCCGUCUGUUCUUACGAAGGUCUCACGAUACUUCUCUCUCAGUGGCGGCUGUGUGGCCCCCUGUCUCAGCCAGCACGGACAGAGUUGUUUCUGACAUUUGAAUGAAAAACAGUCUGAAUUGCUACCACUUUGGACAGAUGAAAUAAUGGCUUCAGCCUUGGAGCAGUUCGUGAACAAUGUGCGGCAGCUCUCCGCUCAAGGUCAGAUGACACAGCUGUGUGAACUGAUCAACAAGAGCGGGGAGCUGUUGGCCAAGAACCUGUCCCACCUGGACACUGUACUGGGGGCCUUGGACAUCCAGGAACACUCCCUGGGUGUGCUGGCUGUGCUGUUUGUGAAGUUCUCAAUGCCAAACAUCCCUGACUUUGAGACGCUCUUUUCCCAAGUCCAACUCUUUAUCAGUACCUGCAAUGGGGAGCACAUCCGAUAUGCAACAGACACUUUUGCCGGCCUCUGCCAUCAGUUGACAAACGCCCUUGUAGAACGGAAACAGCCAUUGAGGGGCGUCGGCAUUCUAAAACAGGCAAUAGACAAAAUGCAGAUGAACACAAACCAACUUACCUCAGUUCAUGCAGACCUGUGUCAGCUGUGCUUGUUAGCAAAGUGCUUCAAGCCUGUCCUCCCGUUUCUUGAGCUUGACAUGAUGGACAUCUGUAAGGAGAAUGGCGCCUACGAUGCAAAGCACUUUCUAUGUUACUACUAUUACGGAGGCAUGAUCUACACGGGUCUGAAGAACUUUGAAAGAGCACUGUAUUUUUAUGAACAGGCAAUAACCACUCCAGCUAUGGCAGUCAGUCACAUCAUGUUGGAGGCCUAUAAGAAGUACAUCCUGGUCUCCUUGAUUCUACAUGGCAAAGUGCAGCAGCUCCCCAAAUACACAUCACAGAUAGUUGGGAGGUUCAUAAAGCCUCUCAGCAAUGCCUACCAUGAGCUUGCUCAGGUGUACGCCACCAACAACCCAGCAGAACUGCGCACCCAGGUGAACAAACACAGCGAGACCUUCACACGCGACAACAACACAGGCCUUGUCAAGCAGUGCCUGUCCUCCCUCUACAAGAAGAACAUCCAGAGGCUAACAAAGACUUUCUUGACGCUGUCCUUGCAAGACAUGGCGAGUCGAGUGCAGCUGUCUGGGCCCCAGGAGGCUGAAAAGUAUGUCUUGCACAUGAUUGAAGAUGGUGAGAUCUAUGCCAGCAUCAACCAAAAGGAUGGCAUGGUCUGUUUCCAUGACAACCCGGAGAAAUACAACAACCCUGCAAUGCUUCACAAAAUUGACCAAGAGAUGCUGAAGUGUAUAGAGCUGGAUGAGAAACUAAAGUCCAUGGAUCAAGAAAUCACAGUAAACCCGCAGUUUGUGCAGAAGAGUAUGGGAACGCAGGAGGAUGACGUUGGCAGCAAAACGUCCAGUUACUCCUGAGGGCCAUGGACAGGGGAGAACACUGCCACCCUUCAGGUUCUCAUUGGAUGACUUUUUUUAAAAGAGGAAAAACAUUCUAUUGAGUAUGGACAUUGGUCAAGGAAAAUCUAAAUGUGUGGAAUGAUAAUUUGGUUAUUUCUUUCAUGGUGUCUUGAGGAAACCUUAACAAAAAAACAAUUUUGUCAGUGUUUUAUUUAUCAUUGUUCAGGUGGAUGAGCCACUGCUGCAUUAACAACCAUAAUAAUAAAAACUGGACUUAUUUGUUCAAAAAGGAAGUGUGAUAAAGCACAGUUUUUCUGUUGCAUGUUCAUUUUUGAGGUAUUUCCUUUUACAUGCAACAUUUGAGGAAAUCUUAAGUCUCCUGUUUCGAACAUCAGUAAUCGACCAGCUAGCAUAAUUUUUUUGGUCAAAUCACCUGGAGAUUUGACAACAAAAGCAAGGCUGUACUUCUGCCCUUGACCAAAUGUAGAGAGGAUAGUACAGUUUUUUUUUUUUAAAGAUGGUGCACCGUUAUUUCCAGCCCCUAGAGGUCUCUCGUGUACUGUGUUGUGCUGUAGUUUGAAUUUACUGCAGGUGGAAUGAGCUCUGAGCUGGAGACAUACUUAUCUGUUAUCUGGAAGGACUCAAGAUUUGCGGUUUUGAAUCUCUCGAAAUACAUUGAUUCAGUAAAUUGACACAAUUUUGAAUUAAAUGUAUCACAUCACA